AUGACUUUUAGUGAGCGGGAUGCAAUACUCAAUGACGAAGAGGAAUGGGUGAACAUUCCAACAGUGCUGCGACGUUUUCUUCGUCAGCUAAACAAUGAACUGGAGAAUAACCGCCUCAACUGCGAUGCAUUCUUGGAGAAUCAGAAGGAUCAUGAUCAUCUAAUAAAAGGGAUAUUGUCGAAGCAGUUGGAGCGGGAAUUGGAAAUGAAAAAAACGGAACUUACCUUGCAGCAGGAAUGCCACGACGUCCAAACUUCCUUUUCUGGUGUCUUGGAGAGUAUUCGUGCACAAGUACGUCAUUUAAGUGAAGAGCAGCAACAGGUACGGGAUCGCAUUCGAUUAAUUGAAGGUCGGGAACAUGACACUGUUGUAUUGCAUGAUAGCGUACGUGAGGAAUUAAAGGCUCUGCCUAAAACAAUGAAUCAACGUUCUAUGGCGUUGGAGCGAAUGAUGAAUAAUACGUUUGAGGAGUUAUCCAGUAGUGUUGAAGAGCUGAAAAAGAAAGUUGAUUUAAUUUCUGAAAGGCAGGGUGUUGGAGUGGUAGAGACCAGAAAGGAGUUGGAGGUCUCCAAUGUGGCGUGGCGGCAACUCAGUGAUGCAGUGUCCGAGGAGAUGAAGAAUCUUAGAGUUCAAUUUAAGCACUACGAGGCUGACUUGAGGGAACUAAAAUCGUUUCAAACUGAAAGUGAAGGGGAAAGUAGAAAACUUGCAAAGGCCUACACACAUUUGCAUGAAAAGAUUCAUGAUAAUUUGGGGAUGGUAAAACAGUUGGAAACCUCUUCCGAGAGUCGUUUUGAAGCCGUUUUUAGUGCGCUGGAUAAGUCACAGGUCUUGGCGGAGAAACUCUCUCGACUUCAUCAUAAACGAAAAGGGGAUGAGGCCUCCUUGAUGACGGUUGUGAAAAAGACGCAGGACAUGUACAAUGCCCUGACGGAGGAUCUAAAAAAAUCCUUUGUUAUGCAGUCAACUCAACAUAAAGCUGAUUUUGAACGGCUGAAUAGACGCAUCGAUGAGUUGUGCCAGUUUAAAGCUGAAGUAGACGCACUUGUGCAUGAAAAGAAUGAGGACAUUAUGCCACUUAUCGAGGAGUUUCAUCGCCGAAUAGAUUCCAUAGAGUCCAUGAUACAUACACCCAAUCUGGCCGUGGAAAUAGAACGUAUUGCACAGGAACUGAUAGCAAGCGAAAGGAUGGGGCAGGAACGCAAAUAUACAGAGAUUCAUCAGUUCCUUUCACAGGAAAAAAAUGCAGUUCAGGAUGAGAUUAAGAGUAUCAGGACAACUGUAGGGCUUUUGGAUGACAAGUGUGAAAGCACAAUGAAUCUUGUAAAAAAGCUGGAAAUCAUGGAAAAUAAUAUACAGACAUUAGGAAAGCAAGUAAGGGACUACGAGGAAUCCAUGGACUGUGUGCGUAAAGACCUGAGUGGUUUCACGAUGGAUGUUAAGACUCUUCAAGAGACGUGCCGCACAGGAUUUUAUGCGCAUAAUAAUAAUGAUGCUUCUCAUAUCAUGAUAACUCAAGGGCAGGAAGCAGAAAAAUAUGUGCCAGAAGCGAAAUUCUUUGAAAUGAAAACUUCUGUAAGGCGAGCAGAAGAACAGUUGAAUCUUCAUACCGCCACGCUAACAGAGAUGAAGCAACACAUUUCACGGGUUGAACUUCUUGUCCGGGAGGUUCCCCGAACCUGCCAGCGUUACCAGGAGGCGCUAGAUAAAAAGUUAUCUCCAGCGUUGCUUCAAUUGGAGGUGCUACAAAGGCGUAUUGCAUCCUUGGAGGUUAAACAUGCAGCGGACGAGUCACGUGAGGGAAUGCGCCAGACAUUGACGACCCUUCCUGACGGUAGCGAACUUGAGGUUAUGCGAGUGGGGGUUCGAAAUGAUCAGACUCUUCAAUUCGCCCACCGAAAACUUCAGGAGGCGGAUGUGCGACUAGAUAGUUUUCAGCUUUUCUGCAACAAACUGGAGAGACGGAUGGAGGAGUUGUCACGGGAAAUUGCAGAUGUCUCUAACAAAAAUACGUCUUCUCAAAGGGACGAGGAACAGCAAGAAGGUGCUCUUCAAAAUGAACUGAAACGAGUUUUGACGCAGGCGCAGGAACUGGAGGGCAAGGUGCGAUUCUGCACAAAGGGCGUGGCAUCAGGGGAACAUUCUCUUCGGCUCCUGACUUGUGAUGUGCGAGAAUUAGAGGCUUCUGUUGCGAGGGUCUCUGAACUCAUAGUAGCGCUUGAAAGAUCUGUGAGCUCUUGCAUCACUAUCGACUCGGAUGAAUGGCGCAGUGUUCAUAAGGUAAUAUCCAAGUUUUCAAGGUGUAAACUGAAUCAGCGGCUGCGUAAACUAGAGAAGGAGUAUGAAACCUUCAACCCGUUAGAACAGGUUCGGCUUGCGGAGGAGGCAUUGUCUCAGAUACGCAGCGAGCAACAGGCGUUCAAACAAUACUUAGAUGAAGUACAGGCGCUCAUUUUACAGAAGUUGUCGGUGGAGACUCCUCAAGAAAGUCCUGAUGAUGUAAAUCAACCGCGUUGUGCGCUGGAGGAACGUGUGAAUGUCGUGGAGGCAGCUGUGAGUGAGCUACGGGCGAAGGAGUCGUCAGUAUCACAAUCCUUGCUCUCGUUGCCGUCGUUGGCAAUGAUGAGUGAGAUCUCAGCCAAGUUGGCUGCCAUGGGCGAUCGAUUGACAAGCAUGGAGAGUGUGAUUGCCACCAUGCAGGGGCAGGAAGCGGAUGCCGUGGCGGGGGUGAAGGAUUCUGUGCUGCAGGAGCGUCUGUCUGCCUUGGAGAGUUUGAUGGUGGCAUGCCAGCGUGACAUGGAGGAGAAUUCCAGGCUUCUCAUUGCCUGCCAGGGGCGCAUGAACGAGCGGGAGGAGCGCCUCAUGGGCGACGAUUCGUCGGGGGGAGAAAAAGCAGCGGUGACAGUGCCAAGUAAUGAUGCUUUGGAGGGGGUGCUGGAGCGACUUCAACGGGUGGAGUUCACCACGCAGGAAACCCAAAAGCACAUGUCUGACCAGGCGGAAGAUGUCGAGCACCGUGUGAAGAGUUACGUGGACGCCCGUUUUGAAGGUUUUUGGAGGACAACGUUGGCUGCCACUACACGCAAAGCGGACCGCGAGGAGGUGGAGAAUAAGGUGAAGGAGUUGCUGGAUGGCUUGCGUGAGCACACCAGCUUGCAGCUAAACUCUUUGAAGCGUGAGUUGCAGUCUGUCAUUGACGAGCGUGUCAGUAUCACGGAGGUGCGGGAAUUGCUUCAGGGCGGAAGAGAAAGCGCUGCAUUGAGUGGGGUUGGAUUCACAUCAGGUGUGAGGGGGCCAGAGAUGCGAGGUGGGGCCGCCAAUGGUGGUUGA